UUAUAAAAUGGCGGAAGAUAAUUUAGCCGAACUCGAGAUACACGCAGAUAGCCAGGCAACAAAGUACAAUCCACACCACUCUGAAGAAAACCUUGAAGACAGACUGGUCCCGGACGUUCAGUUCAAGACCUCUAGACUAACAGUGCGAACCGACUCAAUGGAUAACAAGCAGAAUCUAGGCUCUGGUGACGGUGGAUCGUCUCCAGCAGAGACCGCGCAACAAGAUCAGCCACCAAUCGUUCCGAAUAUCGGGCGUCCUAAAAGUGCCCCGAUGUCAAAAUUUCAACAGAAACAAUUCUUUGCCUACAGGCCCGGUGCCAUUGAAGCUGCGGUGAAUGAGUCAAAGUCAAUAAUAAAGCCAGAGAUUGACGGUGAGAUUCGUGGUGUGUGGCUGCUCACUGAAAUUGACCAUUGGGACAACGAGAAAGAACGCAUUGUAUUGGUGAAUGAUUUCACCUUACUGACAUUGAAGUAUGACUUCGUGGCCUGCAAGCUGCAUGAGUUUAAAAGGAUAAUGCUGAAGGCAAUUGAUAAAGUGAUACUUGGGUUAUUUGAAUACCCUGGCAGGACAAUAGCAACAACCAGAGAUGGUGUUGGUUUACGUGCAUAUUGGAACAACGGGAUAGAGCCAACAUUUGCUGCAAAGUGGAAUCCCUGGAGUAAGCAAAUUCCGUGGAUAACACUGACUUCACAUCCCCUGCAGUUCAAAGAAGAUAGAGAUACAGAUUGUUACAAGCCCAUCAAGCUGAAUUCAGUGCACCUUGAAAUUGGGAGCAAAGUUCUGAAUAUCGAACAGAGCUCAAUUUUUGAGCUUGAAACCUUCAAGACAGCCUUCAUGCAAGCUAUACAAAAUGCUCAAGAACAGAAGAAUUCUGAAGGAGCAACUGCAUUGACAAUCCACGAAGCGCCGAUUUUUAUUGAAAACUAUUUAGGAUUUGCAUCAAUGGUCCACAAUCAAAGUCAUAUUGGAUUCUCGCGAGAGAGGGGUGGAGUCAGUUUUUAGACAUCUUGCAUCUGCUUAUUUCCCUCAGUAAAUUGUAGCUCUGCAAUGGUCUUUUUCUAAACGUUGCUGAAAUCUCUGUCUCGUUGAAAUGCAAGAUGCUUGCAUGACAUUUCACUCGGCACAUGUGAAAAUGUGUAUUUAUAUCGUCAAAAAACAAUGUACGUUGUACAAUCAAAAAUAGAGGCUUUCUUGUGUAUUUAUCGUUACCAAAGUAAUUUCUUUUUUCUGUGUUGCAAUUUAAGAAUAAUCUUUGAGGAUAUGGAUCGUUGCAUGGAGGAAUAGUAAACUUAAUAUAGCCUUACAACUGAAGUUACCCAUGCCAUUGCGGUCAUUUUUCAAAGUGCAUACAUACGUAAUAUAUAUAUAUAAAAAAAAAAUACAUGUAUGUUUAUAGUAACUUGAAAAAACUUAAUGCAAAUUUUGUUGAUGUGUGUGUUUUUUUUGCGGAUAAAUAUUUAUUUUGUAUGGGUGUCUGUAGCUUUGGUAUACUGAUUCAAGUUAGCAAAAUUUGGACAUCUCUUAACACCGUCCUCCUCUUUGCUCACUCUAUCAUUAUUAUUAUUGAAGAAAUUGUUAGGACACAUCUCUGAGGAUCUCACACUUGCACUUGUUCUGCAUUAGGUGUAGACUCGGAACACCACUAUCAUGAGUCUUUAUUGCUGUGGUUCUUAAAGUUCACCCAUUGAGUAUGUUACAGUCAGCUGUUUUUAAUAGUAUUGUAUGCAGAGUGAUGCUACACAAGACGUCCAUCCAGUCAGACGUGUUUGUGAUAUUUUAUUUGAUGUUAGUAUCUGUCAUGUAUAUGUAAGUCCACUAGUGGUUUGUUUUUAAAUUGCUCCUUCACCAUCAGUUAAGGGUAUCUAUACGUUCAAAUUUGUAUCGAUGAUAUCAUUUUCACUUGCUAUGAAUUAAUCUGGGACAAGGAUGUCUAUACAUAAAUAAGCACACAAUAAUAAACAAAAAAACUUGUAUAGUUUUAGAAAUGUAAGCUACUUUUCAGGUCAAGCAUAGGUUUAGCCUGGUUUAUUCUGUUUUUAUUAUGACAACAAUUUUUUCCUGUUUUUGAUGAAGGUAGUGACGCUAAUCAACUGUCUACCCACAAUUCCUUGUACAUCUAUCAUGAUUACCCCAAACAAGGAGAACAAUUGUAUACAGCAACAUAAAGUGUGAUGAUUUUUUUUUAAAGAGUCUUGCACAUGUCUGUGAUGAAUGAAUUUGUUUUCAGUAUUUAUCAGAGAAUUGUUUUGAUAUGUUGAUGUUAAUCGUGUUUUAGGCAAGUGCAAAAUAAAAAUGAGAACAAAGCCUGGCUAGCAAGCUAUGACUAUACAGUAAAUGUCGAAGAACAAUUUUGAAAUAGUGAAAGAAAACUCCAGCUAGCAGUUCUAAAACUAUUCAAUUAUUUAAUACUAACCAGGGAUGAGACAGUAUUUACAGAAUUGUACUCUUGUUCAGCAUGAUGGUAGUAAUGCUUCCUUUAAUAAAAGUAUGUCACAGGUGAA